AUGCUGGAGUCGACCUGCAGGGCCUUCUUCGACCUGCAAGGAGUCCAGCUCCGUCCCGCCCCGGAUGCAGUCAUGACGACCCACUGUGCUCGAGUGGUAGAGAGCGCACCCGCACAGAACAGAUCCGAAGCGGUAGAGGGACAGAUAGACGUACCUGCCGCAAACCGGGACGCAAAUCCAAGAGUUGGGUUUAUUUCAUAUUCCCGCCGACCUGCACCGAGGGAUGCAGUACUCAGUGGCCCGACAUCAAGGGCAGCCACUGCUGACGAGCGUGAUAGGUCUGGAGAUAGGCAGCACAGGUUUGCUGAUCGGGUUAGGAUGCCGCAGGAACGCGAAGCACGGACGGAGACCGACUUGGCAAGCGUAGCAGAUGAAGGCGAGGAGGGUGUAGAAGAUCCACAGCUGCCAAGUCAGGUCGAACAGGCAGAGGAGCACUGGAGGAAGGCGGCUGAUGAAAAGCGGAUGGUCGAAGCAGAAGCCAAGAGUAGACGGGCUGAAGAGAUGCAGCGGCGCAGUGAUGGCGGCACCGAUCCUACCGUCUCUUUCCCGGGAACUGGAGACAUACGUGAAGCAUGGGAGCGUGGGGCACGAGCCGCUGCAAGGGCACACGUGGGAGAGGCAGGAGAGAAGCUCGCCAGCAAUGUGCGGCAGCAUAUCGAGGAGGAUAGGGGAUACGUGAAAGUUCGCUUGCCCAGCCUAAAGCGGAAGGCGGCAGAAGAGGCCCGGAGAGGGGACGUCGACGUGCCAGAGAAUUCGGGAGAGGCGAAAAAGAAGGAGGAGAGCAACGCGGGUGCUAAGGCUCAUAAGAUGGUGGAGGUAGAGGCGCACCAGAAUGCAGAGGAUGCGGCCCAUCGGUUCGUCGAUGCAGAGGCGGUACUUACGGCAGAGGACGGGGCGCCAAAGGAAGCAGAGUCUGCGGCGCAGCAGAAGGUGGGUGCAGAGGCGGUCAAGGGUGCGGAGGCAGUCGCGCGUAAAGAAGCGGGUGCAGCAGCAGAGCUGACGUCGGAGGCAGUCGAGCUGAUGGUUGUGGAGGCAGUGGCGCAGAAGGAAUCAGAGGCAAUGGCGAGCCAGAAGGAUGAGGCAGCGGCGCAGCAGAAUGAUGAGGCAGACGCACAUAAGGAAUCAGCGGCAGCAGCGCAGCAGAAGGAUGAGGGUGCGGCGCCCAGGAUGGUUGAGGCAGAGGCGCAGAAGGAAUCAGAGGCAGCGGCGCAGCAGAAGGAGGAGGGUGCGGCGCCGAAGAUGGUUGAGGCAGAGGCGCAGAAGGCAUCAGAGGCAGCGGCGCUGCAGAAGGAGGAGGGUGCGGCGCCGAAGAUGGUAGAGGCAGAGGCGCAGAAGGCAUCAGAGGCAGCGGCGCUGCAGAAGGAGGAGGGUGCGGCGCCGAAGAUGGUAGAGGCAGAGGCGCAGAAGGCAUCAGAGGCAGCGGCGCUGCAGAAGGAGGAGGGUGCGGCGCCGAAGAUGGUUGAGGCAGAGGCGCAGAAGGCAUCAGAGGCAGCGGCGCUGCAGAAGGAGGAGGGUGCGGCGUCGAACAUGAAGCAGCGGCGAGGGCAGAAGGCGGAGGCAGAGGAGCAGAAACAGGCUGCGGAAGAGGCACUACAACUGGCUCGGGCUGAAGCGCGGAAGAAGGCUGUUGUAGAGGCGCAGAAGAAGGCGGAGGGUGUUGCGCAGAAGAUGUCAGAGGCCGAGGAGCAGAAGCAGGCUGAGGCAGACGCACGAAGGAAGCCAGAUGGAGAGGACGGUUCAGAUGGGAAUAAAAUGGUACAGACAGAGGGACGGGAGACGGCGGGUGCUGAGGGGCACAUCAUCGCAGAGGAAGAGGGGCAGCAUAACGAGGAGGCAGCGUCGCAGGUAUUCGCAUACCGAGAGACGCAGAGCAUGGCAGAGACAGGGCGUCAAAAUACUAUGGAGGAGGUUCGUGUCGUCCCGGAGGCUGGAGUGGGGCACUACGAGGGAGAUGCGCUGGAAACAGAAGAGGAGCAGAAUGAGGAGGAUACGGUACAUCCGGCAGUACGGAUAUUUUUGGGAGGAAGUCCGACGCGGGGACCAGGAACCGGGGUAGAGGGGCCAUGGAGGGUGGCAGACGAUGGGGCGCCUAGGGAUACAGUGGGUCUCAACAGGCAGAGGCGGCCCACCCUUCACCAGAGAGCAGUGGAGAGGAAUCUCGGCCAAGGCGGGGUGGCAGAAGCGUUUUGGCAGGUAGAGUGGGUCGAGGCAGAGACGGCAAUACGGCGGAUGCUGCAUCGGACGAGUACAGUCCUGGUCGAACAAGGUGACAGGUUCGUCGAGGCCGAAAGCUGGGACAUAAGCCCGGCAGAGGUAACGCGUCGUCUGACGCUCUUAGCCCGAAUGGUGACGCAGACGUUCUGCAACUUGGCGGCCCGCAACAGCAGCAUCAGUCGCGACGUGGCCGAUCUGACCGUCCAUUACUGUCGCGACGCCCUGGCCAACCUGGAAGAAGUCCGCCAUGGAAACGAGGAACGGCGGCGCCAAGCUGAAACGGCGGCCAGGUUUCGCGAGGAGGUGGACACGAGACUCUCCAACUUGCAGGAGAGUAUCGUAAGGGUGAGUGAUCAGGUUCGCCAGUCGGGAGGGGGGAUGGCGGAGGGCACGUUAAAGGGGGUGGAAGAGAGGUUGAGAGAGGUUCUGAGAGAAGAGUCUGAGCGGCGGAACAGGGAUAGACUGCAGGACGAGGAGCGGAGGCAGAAGGCCAUGAGGAAGGAAGCAGACGCCGCAGAGAGACGGAAGAAGGAACAACAGCAGGAGGAAGCGCGUCGGCAGAAGGAGAUGAGAGAGGGAAUGAAGGAGAUGAAGGAGGCGAUGAUGAAGGAGAUGAAGGCAGAAAUGAAGGAGAUGAAGGAUGGGAUGGUAAACCAGAUUGUGGGGAGGUUGAGCGCGGUUUUGCGAGAAGAAUCCGAGCGGCAGAAGAAGGAGAGGCAAGUGGACGCGGAGCGGCGACAACAGCAGGACGCGAAGAGGAAACAAGUGGCGGACGACGAGGAGAGACGCAAGAGGAUACAACUGGACGAGCAAUGGCGGAAGGAGGAGGAGGUGAAGAGGAAGGACGUAGAGGCCACAGAGCGGCGGAGGAAGAACAAACAUCAGGAGGAAGAGCGACGGCAGAAGGAGGUGGAGGCGGGAAUGAAGGAAGUGAUGGAGGCUGUGAAGGAGAUGAAGACGGGGAUUACGGGGUGGAAGGAGGGGAUGAUAAGUGAGGUGGAAAAGCGGCUGUCAAUGGUUCUGAGAUUGGACGCAGAGCGGCGGCAAAAGGAGGAGCAGGGUAGGAAGGCAACGGAGGGAGAUCGGCGACAGAAGGAGGAUGCGCAGAGGAAGGAGGCAGAGGAAGCAGAGCGGGUGGAGAGGGAGAAACAGCAAGAGAUGGCGCUCCUGCAGAAGGAGGAGGCGCAGCGGAAAGAUGCAGAGGAGGCCGAGAGGCAGGAGAGGGAGAAACAGCAGGAGAUGGCGCGCCUGCAGGAGGAGGACAGGCAGAGGAAGGAGGCAGAGGAGGUAGAGCGGCGUCAGAGGGCGAAACAGCAGGAAUUGGACCGCCUGCAGAAGGAGGAGACGCAGAAGAAGGAGGCAGAGGAGGCCGAGCGGCAGCAGCGGGCGAAACAGCAAGAGAUGGAGCGCCUGCAGAAGGAGGAAGCGCAGAAGAAGGAGGUAGAGGAGGCCGAGCGGCAGUAG